AGGAGCCGAGCGGCCAUGAUCGAGGUGGCGGCGGCGCUGCUGCGCGGGGGGCCCGUCUUCCUCGCCGGGGAGGCCCUCGAGUGCCUCGUCACGCUGCGCAACCCCCUCCCCCCCGACGCCACCUCCGCCUCCAGUGAGAUGGUGGCCUGGGCCAGCGCGCAGAUCCACUGCCAGUUCCACGCCAGUGAAAGCCGGGUGUCUCUGCCGCCACCGGACAACAGCCGGCAGGACGUUCAGGCCGAGAGCGAGACGGUCUUUGUCCCCAACAGAGGUGAGCGGGGCCAGUGCAUCCUUUCGACACCUCCCAAGAUCCUUUUCUGCGACUUACGGCUGGAUCCUGGCGAAUCCAAAACCUACUCCUACUGUGAGACGCUGCCCAUGGACGGGCCCCCCUCUUUCCGGGGCCAGGCGGUGAAGUACGUCUACAAGCUGACCAUUGGCUGCCAGCGGGUCAACUCGCCCAUCAAGCUCCUGCGGGUGCCAUUCCGAGUGCUGCUGCUGCACGGGCUCCAGGACUACCAGCUCCCGCAGGACGAGGCCAUGGCCCCCUCCAACCCCUUCCUGGAGGACGAAGAGGGGGCCAAGAAGGACUCCCGCCUGGCGGACCUGGCCACCGAGCUGCUGAUGGCGGCCACUUCUCGGCGCAGCCUGCACCUGUACAACAUCAGCAACUCCCGGGGCAAGGUGGUUGCCUUCUGCAUCUUCAAGACUGUCUACAAGAUUGGCGAGGAGGUGGUGGGGACCUUCAACUUCUCUGCAGGGGACAUCCCUUGCUUGCAGUACUCAGUGAGCCUGCAGACGGAAGAGCGAGUCCAGGAGGCCUUCCAGCGCCGGCGCGGCCAGCCCGCCUCCUACAUCACCCACGCCCGCCACCAGGAGUCCUGCCUGCACACCUCCCGCACCAGCUUCGCCCUGCCCAUCCCGCUCAGCUCCGCCCCGGGGUUCAGCACCAACGUCGUGUCCCUGAAGUGGCGGCUGCAUUUUGAGUUUGUGACGGCCCGGGAGGCGGAGGCAGCGGAGCUGCAGAGGGUCUCGGAGGGCCCGGCAGAAGCCACCAGCCGGAGGGGGCUGGAGCAGGUGGAGGUGGACACCUUCAGCUGGGACCUGCCCAUCAAAGUGCUGCCGACCAGUCCCCUCCUGGCCUCCUACGUCUCCCAGUUCUCCAGCUCCAGCACCCUCACCAUCUGACUGCAGCCCCUCCCCCCAGGGCUCCGGCUGGGGCUGCUGGGAGGGAGCACGAAGCCCCCCCCCCCCCCGCCCAAGAAGAAGGUGGUGGUGUCUUCUCUUGUGGGCCCGUCUUUCUGGAGGGGGGGUUGCGCAUCCCCCCUCUGACAGGCCCUUCUGCCUUGGGUCAGAACCAGGAGCCCCCCCCUCUCUCCUGAGCCCGCGUGCUUGUGCGUGUGUGCGUGUGUGUGCCUCAAUAAAAUCCUGUUCUGGGA